AUGUCGGGUAUUCAUCGCUUUCUCACGCGCCGUGAUCGACAAAAAGGCAGCACACGAAAUUCCAGAGAUGAGACUCCUGCGACACUCAUGCCAAUUUUACGAGACCUCUUUACCUCAUCUUCCAGCAAAGAAGAAAAUGCAGAGCAAGAGAAGAAGGUGAAACUUGUUGAAGCUCAUCUUCGCGCUCUCGGAUACAGCACGCUAGGGAAUGAGCACGUCAGACAUGCUCUGGAAAACACAAACUUUGAGGUGGAAAAAGCAAUCAGUCUUCUUCUCCUCCUGGAGGACUCGAUCGAAGGAAUCAUCCGGCCCUACAACCCUACAACAAAACUUUUGGGCGCCGUCAACAGGCAGGGUGUCACAUGCUACCUGGACGCUUUGCUUUUUGCCAUGUUCGCUCACUUGGAUUGUUUUGAGGCGAUCCUUUACAAGUCUUUCAAUGAUGAGCCCCGCCGGAAACUUGCCAUCUGUCUCCGAUUUUGGGUGAAUCUGCUUCGCGCAGGGAAGCUGAUCACUACUGAUAUCACCAAAUUUCUUCAAGAGACGUUGGCAGAAUGUGGCUGGGAAGAUGCAGCCAAGUUACGACAGCAGGAUGCUUCCGAGGCAUUCACAUUCAUUACAGAGAAACUCGAGCUACCUCUGCUGACUCUGAAGAUGGACAUCUACCACACCGGAAAGGAGGAUGCCAGCGAUGACCAUAAAUUUAUCAACGAACGGCUCCUUGAGGUGGCCAUCCCACCGGAGCCUGCGGACGGCGAGGUGCUUACUCUGGAAGAUUGCUUGGAGGCGUACUUCAACAACCGUAUUGAAGUAAAACGAUACAUGGAACGGAGAAACACUCUUAGCUCUCGAUCUGUGGAUUCUCUCUCGAUCUCCAAAGGCUUUAGUGCGCAUGUCGAAGAAGUCGAGACGACACCAACUUCUUCUCCUGCCCAGUCGACCUCUCCACUCCCCGAGAAGGCCAGCCCUUGGUCCUCAAUUUCCAGGAUUGGAGAUUCCAUGGAUCCUCGGAAGCUCAGUCGGCGUGACAGCAUUGUUCGUGAGCGGUUCAUCCCAGAUUCGAGUGAUGAAACACAGGAGAUGGCAGAUUCGGCAGCAUCGGAUCAGCCUCGCAGGGGGGUCAUCCGGAAGGAAGUCAUGAUGCCUGCGUGGCAGUUCUUCAGCCUGAUCCGUGAGUUUCCCGUGCCAACACGUAAAAUCCGAGCUAACCCUGAAAUCUCUCCAGCCUGGUACACCGAUAACACCCCUACAAAUGACGCUCAGGUAGCCGCACAUUUUUCGUCCAAGCGGCCUAUCCUUGGCAUGUGUCUGAAGCGCUAUUCAUUCACGCCCAAUGGCAAGGCUGUGCGGCUCAAUACUUACAUUGACAUUCCCGUUGAGAUCGGCCUUCCUCAUUUUAUCCAGGAUGACAAUAUGAAUGUUGACGCCCCGAUCUAUGGAAACUUCAAACUCUCGUUGCAGGCUGUUGUGUGUCAUCGAGGCAACUCGGUGGACUCGGGACACUACAUCGCGCUAGUUCGAGGAACAUGUGACGACGCGCUUCCCCCUGGUUCCCGCAAUGGCGCUCCGUCUGUGUCCUCGGAGGCGCCCAAGCAGUGGAUGCGGUUUGACGACCUUGCUACAGAGAGGAUCACCCUGAUCGAUAUUGAGGAGGCUCUGAAGACAGAAUCUCCUUACCUUCUGUUCUAUCAAAUCCUUCCCAUUGACCAGGACCCAAGCCUGGUCGACAGUUCGAACAAGCCCUCGUCUCUUGCAUCCGAUCUCACCUUGGAUGUAGAGAUGGGUGAUGUCUAUCGGAAGCUGUCGAGUUUAGCGGUUGACACGGAUGGUAGUAUCACCGAAGAUAUCACCUCUGCUCGACCAAGCCUCGAGAUCACCAGCCCCGAUCUCAUGACUCAUCCGCUUGGGAACCCUGAGCGACGUCCCAGUGUAGUGUUUUCAGAGUCCACUCCGUUCGGACCCCCUCGCUCGAUGCCCUCAAUGUCCCCGCGCCUCACGCCAAUGGACGAGUUCGGCAGUGGUACUUCCUUCAGUUUCUCCCGUCGAAGUUCCCGUCAUACAAAGAGUAACGCUGGCAGCCGCGCCGGUAGCCAAACCGGUGAAAAUCGGAUUGGGUCCACUUUCUCUCGCUUUGCUGGCCGCCUGAGUCGUGACAAAUUCACCAGUGACGGCGAGGGGGAGAUUGAUGAAUCUGCUCUUGAUGUUGACGAGGGUACAGUGGAUGAUGUCCACAUUGGGACUAGCAGGCUCGAGGGGAAAGACAAGAAAGCCAAGGAUCGAAAUCAAUGGGGAAAGUCCAAGGACAAGUCCAAAGACCGAUCCAAAGGAAAGGCCCAGAAGCCAGAUCGUGAGUGUGCUGUGAUGUGA